AUGGGGGACAUGGGGCUCCUUGGCAUUACUGCUCCAGUGGAGUAUGGGGGGACUGGGCUCGGGUACUUGGACCAUGUGAUUGUGAUGGAGGAAAUGUCCCGAGUGUCGGCAGCCAUCGCCUUGAGCUACGGGGCCCACUCCAAUCUGUGUGUCAACCAGAUGGUGCGCCACGGCAACGAGAAGCAGAAGGAGAAGUAUCUGCCCAAGUUACUGAACGGAGAGCAUGUGGGAGCACUGGCCAUGAGUGAACCAAACGCUGGCUCUGAUGUGGUCUCAAUGAAGCUCAAGGCCAAAAAGCAGGGUGACUACUAUGUUCUCAACGGGAACAAGUUCUGGAUCACGAAUGGGCCAGAUGCGGACGUCCUCAUCGUCUAUGCAAAAACAAACCCGGAGGCUCAUCAAAAAGGCAUUACAGCUUUCAUAGUGGAGAAAGGGAUGCCAGGAUUCUCAACUGCACAGAAACUGGACAAACUGGGCAUGAGGGGCUCCAACACGUGCGAGCUCAUCUUUGAAGACUGCAAAAUCCCAGAGGAGAACAUCCUUGGUCCUAUGAAUAAAGGCGUGUAUGUGAUGAUGAGCGGCCUGGACCUGGAGAGGCUCGUGCUGGCAGCUGGACCACUGGGGAUCAUGCAGUCUGUCCUGGACUUUGCUGUGCCCUACCUCCACGUGCGUGAAGCUUUUGGACAGAAGAUAGGACACUUCCAGUUAAUGCAGGGAAAAAUGGCCGACAUGUACACCAGGAUGAGUUCUUGUCGACAGUAUGUGUACAAUGUGGCUCGAGCUUGUGAUAAAGGACACUUCAGCGCCAUGGACUGUGCUGGAGUCAUCUUGUACUGUGCUGAGAACGCCACACAAGUCGCUCUGGAAGGAAUACAGUGUUUAGGUGGAAACGGCUACAUCAACGACUACCCCAUGGGGAGGUUUCUGAGGGAUGCCAAGCUAUACGAGAUCGGAGCAGGCACCAGCGAGAUCCGCCGCCUCAUCAUCGGAAGGUCCUUCAACGCCAUGUUCAAAUAG